UUAAGAAUGGAGCUGUGGGAGAUGCGCCACGGCUUCGGUAGCGACCAGCUCUUCUCUGCUGCCUGAGCGGUGCCAGCACCUUCCUCGGGAGCUUGCAGCAGCCGGCUGGCUCCUGCUCCACGGCAACCAUGUGCGACCGGAAGGCGGUGAUCAAAAAUGCAGACAUGUCGGAAGAGAUGCAACAGGACUCGGUGGAGUGCGCUACUCAGGCGUUGGAGAAGUACAACAUAGAAAAGGAUAUUGCGGCCCACAUCAGGAAGGAGUUUGACAAGAAGUACAACCCCACCUGGCACUGCAUUGUGGGGCGGAACUUCGGUAGUUAUGUGACACAUGAGACCAAACACUUCAUCUACUUCUACCUGGGUCAGGUGGCCAUUCUUCUGUUCAAAUCUGGUUAAAAGCAUGGACUGUGCCAAACACCCAGUGAUCCAUCCAAAAA